GCAGACCACAAGCCCAUGGUGAGCCAUGAAGCACAUGAUUCUGCCAAGUCAAGAGUGCCGGCCAGUCCUUAUAUAUGCCCACUCUUCCUUCUUCACUCUCCUCCCCCUCACAUUUUCACAUUCAAAGCAUCUCUUGGAAAGCCUUUUCUUCUUCCUUGUAGUCUGUUGAUCACCAUGAGAUCAGGCAUGUUCCACUGUGAAGAUCAUUACAACGAGCCCCACUUCCUUGAAGCUUGCUUUCUUUGCCGGAAACCUCUUGGUUUAAACAGUGACAUCUUCAUGUACAGAGGGAACACACCUUUCUGUAGCAAAGAGUGUAGGCAAGAACAGAUAGAGAUUGAUGAGGCAAAGGAGAAGAAAGGCUGGAAACUGAAACUUUCUUCUUCUGCUUCUUCUUCUGCUUCUUCUUCUUCCAGUAGAGGCAUCAGAAAAUCAGACGCCAAGGAUUCCACACCCAACAAGACUGUACGGACGGGCACGGUUGUAGUGGUCUAGUUUUCUACGAGGCAUAGCAGAGAUAGAAUUAAUUAUUAGUGAUGAUCUUUCCAUUUUUGAAAAGAAAGAAAGAAAAGAAAGAACUUUCACGUCAAAAAUUGGAUGGAUCUUGUAAAGAAGCCCACCAGAGAGUUUUGUAGGCUGGUUUGUGUAAUAUUGAGAGAUCUUUCUUCACUUUUUUUCCCCUUUUCCAUAUAUUUUUUGGCCAAUUAAUGACGUAUCAUCAAAGAGAUUUUGCAUGAUUAUUAA